UUUCGACAAAUUUUUACAACCCAACCAUGAAUCAUCCGGAACCUUUCGGUAUUUCGCGAUUGCGAUCGAAAAAUCCGCCCAAAUACUGGCGCAUGGCCGUGUAUCCGCGUCAACACCGGCCUCCCAGCAAUUUUAUUUUUAAGACUCGCAAGGACUCGGGGCAGGAGUUGCGCAAACGUCUGCCCGCCAUUCCUGAGGAGAAUACGAUGGAGGCUUUGAUGGAUGGGCUGGUGAAGAAAAUGGAUAGGCUGGGCAGAAAGGCAGCCACACCUGCUGGAGGAUCUGUUGCCGCUACCUCUACCUCAGCUGUUGCCAGUGGUGGUGGUGGUGGUGGUGGUGGAGGUGGCGACGGCGACGGCGGUGAAGGCGUUCAAAGCGGUGGUGUCGCCUCCGAUGAACCGAUGGAAGAGUGA